UGUUUUAUUUACCAAAACAUUAACGACAUUCCACAGUCCACUUUAUAUUGGAACGGAGGCACGAUGCUGACCUAGCUUUUACAGGUGUUUUUUAUCAUGGACAAAUCUGGUGUUCAAAUGUGAACGAAAUAUGAGUGAUCAGGGGAAAGUCAAACCCAAAUUGCCCUUUGGGUGGAUUGUCCGACAGUCAUCCUCUUUCCCUGAUCGCAUUUACUAUUUCAAUGUGCAGACUGGAGCAUCGACAUGGGAGAUUCCAGAUCUCCAGCAGCAGCUGAACCCAUAUCUGACACCUGAACAGAAACCACAUAGUACCAGCAGAAGGCCGUCAGAUGUCAAAUUUGGCAUCAGAAAAUCUGGUGUGAACUGUCAAACUGCUGGUGUGAAUCAACAAGUUCCUGGUGUGAGCGGACCAGUACCUGGCGUGAACCGUUCAGUUCCUGGUGUGAACUAUCCGAUUCCUAGUGUGAACCACCAGAUUCCAGGAGGUAGCCAGCAUUUUCCAAUUGAAGCGAAGUUUUCACCAGAGUUUUCAGAUGAUGAUAGUUUUGACCUGACAUUAGACACAAGUAAUGAUAAUAAUCCUGCAUCAGUAUCUUGUAACUAUGAUAGAGAAAAAGAGCAUAGAACUAAAGACACGUAUUCUUUUGGAAAACAAACAAAACAAGGUAUUAAUGUGCAAUUUAAACCAAUCAGGGACUCCAAACCUAGUCAUACCCAGGGAGCACUUUCAUCAGCUGUCAGUGAAAGAAGCACUAGUAGUAGCGUGGAAAAUGCCAAUAGAAUUGUUAAGGGACAGAAAACUCUGUCACAAGAACCUGGAAUUUCACCUUCCAAAAAAGUCAGAUUGUUGUCUGACAGUGAUACUAAAGAUUCUGGUUCUAGAUAUGUGCUUAGUGCAAAAGACAACUUCAAUACUAAAUGCUCCUAUUUAAAAACAUCAAAACCUGUGCCAAAUCCACCAGACAUUUUAGUUGGAACAGAAAAAUGUGUUGUGCCAAGUGACCUCCCAGACUGCAGUAGUAAUAAAGUGAUUCCUAGCGUGAAGAGGAAAGUUAAAGAUAGACUGGGCACACCAUUGUGUUCUGCCAGUCUAAGGGCAGAGGACAGUAGAAAGUUUGAUAAACGAAAAGUAUGUUAUUCACCAAAAGGCUCUGUGAUUGAAACAGACACAAAAACAGUCAAAACUGAACCAGGAAACACUGUGAAUAGAGUGAAAAAGAAAGCAACAAGCAAACAUAACGAGGUAACAAAAACACUGGGUGGGGAUUUGAGAAAGGUCAUAUCAUCAUCUGAAACUAGUCAAUGUUCAAUACCAUUAGUUGAUUUUAAGGAUGCUGAAUCGGCUGCAAGAGACAGAAUUCCAAGUGGGAGUGUCUAUGGAUCUGAGGUACAUGUCCCUAACAAGCGUCACCUGACUGAUCCAGAGAAACGCCGCAGCAUCCAGUCCUGGAUAGAUCACUGUGAACCAGAGGAUGAUCUGUCUGACAAGUCCAGUGAAAUCCUUGUACCAAGUUGGGACAUUUCUUCACCUGAUCAUGAUUCUGGGCGUGGCAGUUUGGCACCGAGAAAUUACAUGGACUCCAGACGGGUAGUUGUGUCAAAUGACAAAUUGUCUGUAUCAACUGGUGAUAGUGUGCUACAGCCUACAGGUGGGGAAUCAAGGAAAGACGCUGGCGCUUUCCCUAAAAAUAAUUCCUGGAAAGGUGUGCAUGCCACGCCCGCUCCUGUGGCCCAUCGGAGUGUGAUGAACAUGGAGAUUGACGAGUUAGGGACUGAACCAGUGGCCCUUGAAGACCGUCAGAUCGAGGAUAUGGAUGUCGCCGAGAUAGCAUUGAAAGAAGUUCGUGAACAACUGCAAAAACAAAUUCCAACUGAGGUUACUGGUUCACUCACUAAGCGUGUAUCAGGAUCUGAUAGUCAAUCAAAGCUGAACAGUCUGCACCAUGUACAGAAGCUGUUGAUAGUAGUGGACACGAACGUGUUGAUAGAAAGUCUAGGCUUUGUCGAGGAUCUCCGGGACCAAGAAUUUAAAAAACUUGCUAAGCCAGUGCUUGUGAUUCCAUGGGUUGUGAUGCAAGAGUUGGAUGCUCUUAAAAACAGCAAGAACAAUUUUUCGCUAGCCACUGCCAGGAGAGCUAGAGGUCCAGUCAAUUUUUUAUUCCAAUGUUUCAAAGUCCAACAUCCUCGAGUCAUAGGUCAAACUCCAAAAGAGGCUAAACAGGCAUUGGAAGAGUUCACACCUGAGUGUAAUGACGAUCGUAUUCUUCACUGCUGUCUCGACCUCAAAAAGAGAAAUCCUGAAUCUCAUGUGAUCUUACUGUCCAAUGACAAAAACUUGUGCUCCAAAGCUACCAUACUGAAUCUGAAGGCAUACUCAAGACAUACAGUGAUGGCUGGCAUUGAGACACAAUCAGUACUCCUCUCCAGUGAACAGGUCUCCACAAGUCCAGAGGUUCAUCGCACACCAACCAAGAAUCCUCGCCUAUCUCCUAUCAGAUCUCCAACUGGGACAUCAGUAUCUUCAAAAUUGCUGCAGAAAUCUGAAGAGAGUUAUAACAAUGUGGCUGACCAGAUUCUGUGUAAAGCCAAGUUGUUAAUGAAGUCUUCGCUGAGCAUUGUACUGGAGAAGGAGAUGAAGGUUGCUUAUGAUGACAUCUGGAUGGAUAUUGUAUUUAAAAAACCACCGUGGACCUUGGAAGAUAUUCUAGAUUGUUUUAAAAAACACUGGAUAGCAGUAUUUGGCAUGAUAUAUAACAGAAAACUCAAGGAAGAGGUUCAUCGCUUAGUGGAGAAGUUUAAACCAUUUAAAGGUUUUAUACCAAGUGUGGAGAGUGUGGGGGAAUUAGUAGAUGAUGCUGUGAGGAUUGCAGAGGAGUGUGAAAGCCAUAGCAACUAUGGUACAUUGUUCUCCCAGGCUUCUACUGAACUUAAGCUGGUGCAGAAAUUUCAGCAAGAAUGUCAUGCUGGGACUAUAAGUGAAACUAGUUUGGACACAUACCUCAAAAAGAACACUUCCACCGGUACAAUGAAGAGAUUGUCUAUGGACAGUGAUACAAAGAGGCCCCCUUCCGGAACAGACUCUGUUACCCCUCCUAGUGUGGCCUCCUCCCAGAUGUCUCCCUGUGUGUCCGACGCUAGCGUGGUUCACCUACAACCUGUGGAGAAUAGAUUCCGCACAAUCUGGCAAACCAUCCUCAGUCUCUGUGAUACUAUGAAUACGUGGGUGGAAACUUCACCCAAGGACCACCUACAGGAAAUGAACGAUAUACUCAUCAAGCUGGUCCCAUUUGUCAAGGACCUACGGUUUCACUUUGAACAUACCCUCAGCUUGUCUCCUACACAGAUCAAGUCCCAGCAGGCCUAUGUACACAACUUGAGUAUCAAGCUCAACACUUUCUUCUCAACAAUGGAGAUAGAGGAAACUUGUGAACCUGUUGAGAUCGAACAAGUGCAGGUCUAUUUUGCUAGUGAAGAGAGAAGACCCAUGUUGAAGGCUGGCCUACGACAACUGGACGAUAUGAUCAGAAGUUUAUUUACGUUUCUUCACCUAUUGCCAGAUUGAGGAAUGGAAGGGCUGCCGUAAGAAAUUAUCACGGACAGUUUUAGUGAGGUCAAGUUCAUGCAGUGAGGUUUUCAGGAAAAGUCAGAAGGUUGAACAAACAUCUAAAAGUGUGGUUCUAGAGAAAAUAUAAACAAGAAAGAAUUGAAGAAUGAAGUAUGCAUAAUAAGGCCUGGUAAUGACCAUGUCAUUAAAAUGGGGCAGUAGACCUGGAUUCAGCCGAGAGAUAAUCAAAAUGUUGAUAGAAAGGUCCAGGAAUGGAGAAUAACAACAAAUUUCAGGGAAAAGUGUGUAGGACAGAGUAGAUUUUGUUACUCAAAGAAAGUGUGUAAAGAAACUGGAGUUGUUUGUCUGAAUUAGUCACAGGAAGGGAAGCUUUUGAAUAAAACAGAUUUGAUUGUCUGUAUAAUCAAAAUCUGUUGAAGGGAGGAAAAGUAUGAAAGCAGAUGGAAAUUGCAGUAGAGGCAUCUGUUAAAUUAUUUCUGAUAGCGUGUAUUCAGUUAUUUCGAUGAUGGAGAGGUGCUGAUAUUAUAUUCUUAAUGUGGUUGAACAAAUAUAAUGUAAGAUAUAAGAAUGUAUCUUUGAAAUUCUCUGAAGCAGAGAAUAUGGUACAAUUUUUUCAAAAAAAAAUGGAUUUUUUAAACAAAAGUUCAUGGAAUAUUGUGAUAAAUUAUAAUGGUGCUUUAUUCAUAAUAGAUUGUUUGAAGGUGUUUCAAAAUCUGUGUCAAAAUUCUUUUGAUAUUUUUGUGUUCAUGUUCCUAGCUCAAACCUAGGAAUGUUCUCCGCUCGGAACUUCCUUUAGUGAAUCAAAAUCAUCAGCUUCUUAAUCCCAACAAAUUCUUGCUACAAGUUGUGAUGAUACUAUACACUUAUUUUACACUUAUCCAUUCAUACAAGCAUGAUACAAAUAUUUUAUUGCAUAGUACCUCUUGUUUGUGAAUGUAAUAAUCACCUUUUGAAACAUACAUCAAGUCCAUAUUCUUGAAAUUCAAUUAUGAAUUAUAUCAAACAUUCCAAUCCCUUGUUAUCCAGUCUGUACCUUCUGAAAAUCAUUUUAUCUUGUCAUUAUAAUAACAGAAAUGAUUUGUACUUAUUCACAAUGAAAACAGCACCUGCAAAUGAACUGCUUUGCAUUUCAUAUCUUCAAAACAUCUGUAGCAUUGUUACGAAUAAGUUAAACAACUAUGAUGACCCGGAUGUUAGCAAUUUUCUUCAAUGAUUGCCCAGAUUGAGCGAGAGAGAAAAUUAAAAUAGAUAUUCCAGCUGACAAACCUUCUUAAUAAAUGUUAAAUACAAUAAUGUGUUAAAUUAGAUUAACCACUUUGUCUCAAAGAAUCGUACUGAAUAUCGAUGUAUAACUUCUGAAUUUGUAUGCUACCCGCAGCAUGUAGUUACCACUUUGUCCGGCCUUCCUUCUGUUUGUCCAUCCUUUUCGGGGAGGGGGCAUAACUUUACCCACAUUUAAGCAAGGAUCAUUCAUUAUUAGCUCACCUGGUCCGAUGGAGGGGGGG